AUGGCACCGGCGCAGAACCUCUUUGACUGCUACGACAGCUUUAAUACGUGGAAGGAAGCCACCUCCUGCCUGUACAUGCAGGUACAUCUGCAGCUACACUCGCACUUUGGAGGCGGUGCUUGGAAUUGUGGGGUCAACCUGAAGGAGUUUCAAAAGUCGUUUCCCCAAUACUCUUCCGAGCUCCUCUCUUUUUUAGGCGUUUCAGGUCGUGCUCAAGACUUGAGAGGGUUCCGGGAAUGCGAUAGGGAAGCUGGUCGCUGCCAUUGUCCCGGACUGGACUCGGAGAACAUGCCAUAUUACAAAUUGUACCGGCUUCUCGCCAGCGAUUUGCGCCAAGUCAGGCGAGCUUGGCCUGGAGAAUUCUUCUUGGCACCCUACCGAGGGACAGAAGAGCUCCGGUUUUUGAAAAACGACGGAAAUUUUCACGACUGGGAAGACCAAGACCGCUUACUGCGGAUGGUGGCACGUUUAUGGUGCGAAACAGCCGUGAACGGACAUUUUGUCUCCAUGGCCUCCAUCAACGACCCAGUCUUUUAUGCUGCACAUGUAUAUUUCGACCGCCUUUCUCAUUUCUUGGCCUUGUCACCGG